GAGGGCAGACUCCCCGGGCAAUGGCAAUGGGUGUGGAUUUUGAAGCUUGCCAGCACAGUAUUAUCACGGCAGUGUUUGAGCUGAAGGAAAAGCAGCCUGUGUGAUCCAUUACACCCUGUUUCAUCUCUGCUCCCAGUGGCAAUCAGUAUCCCAGGCUCCCAACCUCACCUCCUCCCCUGGGCCAAGAGCACUCUUUCUCUCCAGGCCGCCCCCUAGUGCAGCCUCCUGAGAGGCCAGCACACUGCUUACCGUUCCUGCGUUCCUGCUCCCGGGAGCUCAGCACUGGCCUCUGGACCGUUGGCAUCUGGACCAGGAGCAGCACCAAAGCAGGGAUUGGCCAACUCCCACCCCAAGUGCCCAGCAGGCCAGGCACUGGGACCUCUCGGGGGUGUGCCAGAUCUCAGCCUGUCGCCAGCAUGUGCUCCCUGGCCAGUCUGCCUUUGGCCUUGCCCACAAUGACAGGCCCAUCACUCAGCCUCACUCAUCUUCUCACCAUCUCAGGACUGCUCUGUUACUCAGCUUGCUGCUUGGCCCUUCCUGGCCUGGAUCAGAAGAAGCGUGGCAGCCACAAAACAUGCUGCCUGCUGACACCUCCUCCACCGCCCCUGUUCCCACCACCUUUCUUCAGAGAAGGCCGAAGUCCGCUUCUCUCCCCAGACAUGAAGAAUCUCAUCCUGGAACUGAAGACCACGCAGUCCCCGUGUGUCCAAGGAUCGCUUGGCUCCCCUGGGCCUCCUGGUCCCCAGGGUCCACCGGGGCAUCCAGGCAAGACAGGACCAAAGGGAGAAAAGGGGGAGCUUGGCCGACCAGGAAGGAAGGGUAGACCUGGCCCCCCGGGUGUUCCUGGUAUGCCUGGGCCCAUCGGCUGGCCUGGACCUGAAGGACCCAGGGGUGAAAAAGGUGAUCUGGGUCUUAUGGGUUUACCAGGAUCAAGAGGACCAAUGGGCUCCAAGGGCUACCCUGGAUCCAGAGGGGAAAAGGGAUCCAGAGGUGAAAGGGGUGACUUGGGUCCCAAAGGAGAAAAGGGUUUCCCAGGAUUUCCUGGAAUGUUGGGGCAGAAAGGUGAAAUGGGUCCAAAGGGUGAGCCUGGGAUAGCAGGAAACCGGGGACCCACAGGAAGACCAGGAAAACGAGGCAAGCAGGGGCAGAAGGGAGAUGAUGGAAUUAUGGGCCCACCAGGCAAGCCUGGGCCUUCUGGUCAACCUGGCCGUCAGGGUCCCCCAGGACCUCCAGGUCCUCCGUCCUCAGGACAACUUAUAAUGGGACCCAAAGGAGAAAGAGGAUUCCCAGGGCCUCCAGGAAGAUGUCUUUGUGGGACCCCCAUGAAUGUGAAUAACCCUUCUUAUGGGGAAUCCGUGUAUGGGCCCAGCUCCCCAAGAGUCCCUGCGAUUUUCGUGGUCAACAACCAGGAGGAGCUUGAGAGGCUGAACACCAAACAUGCCAUCGCCUUCCGCAAAGACCAGAGAUCCCUGUACUUCAAGGACAGCCUUGGCUGGCUCCCCAUCCAGCUGACCCCCUUCUAUCCCGUGGACUACUCCGUAGACCACCGCGGCUCCUGUGGGGACGGGGUCCUGCAGCCCGGGGAGGAGUGUGACGAUGGGAACUACGACGUGGACGACGACUGCAUCCGCUGUCACCGGGCAUACUGUGGAGAUGGUCACCGGCACAAGGGCACGGAAGACUGUGACGGCUCUGACUUUGGCCACCUGACGUGCGAGACCUAUCUCCCUGGGUCAUAUGGGGACUUGCAGUGCACCCCAUACUGCUACAUCGACUCCACACCCUGCCGCUACUUCACCUGAGGACGCCAGGAGGUGGCUGCAUCGCACGUACCUGCAGCAACGACUCCACCCUCAUUCAACUGACCUCAACACCGUCCUGGUCCAGUUUCCACUGCCUUCAUUCAACAAAAACAAGGUCAAACUCUUGCUGCUAAGAUGUGCUUUUAAUUCAGUCCGACGGGAAGAACUCAGGACCACUGCAUCCUGUCUUAAUCCAAAGUACUCAAAGACCUCCCACGUGCCCAGCCUGGGAGGCUCAGGCUCCCACUGGGCUGGUAGCCGACCGACAGUGUCCGCUGUCUUCCGGAGCGUGGCCGACCAGGCCCUGGACUGGCUUAGCACUGUUAGACACACACAGACCUGCAGGCUGUCUGUUCGCAUCCCGCUGGGGGCACCUGGGAUUUAGGCCUCUCUGCCCCUCUGACUUCUGGAAGCACGGGCAUCUCACCAGGGAAGCCGGCCUCCAGGUCUCUCCAGGCCUGUGAACCACACAGCAGGAAAGGGAGCCCCUUCUCUUGAAGUAGCUUCCAGCUCUGGACCCCCUGAGGGACUCCUCAACUACCUACAUCCCUGAACAGCCUCCUAUGAACCUGGUUCCCUUAACAAGAGACCCAACCAUGAGAAGUAUACUGAGAAAGCCCCAAGCCCAUGCUCUGUCUGGGUAAAGGGUGAGGCUCAGCUGGGGUGCCUGUGAGCAGAGAGUAGCGAGCAGUGGCCUUCCACUUUUCCAUGUCUCCCCAAGGGCGGAUCUCAUGGUCUCACCACUCCAGGCUCCAUCUUGACUUCAUGGCUCUCUGCCAUUUGACUUCCAUCUCACAAAUGCCCCUCGUGCCCAUUUCUGGCUCAGGAGAUUCUCAAGCAGAGGGUGACCUGAGUCCACGCCCAGGCAGGGCUGAGGAGAGGCCCUCCCAGGGUUUCCCAGCUGGGACCCAACCACUUCUAGGCAAAGACCGUUUCUGUCCUGAGCUCCGACUGCUGCCUGCCUGCUGACUCCUGUGAUCCCCGUGCCGUCGUGUGUAGCCUGGUCCUCAUGUCUGUGCGCCCCAGCCCCACACGUGUCCGCGGGAUCAUCAGCCUGCACGUCUGUGAGCUGCCGCCUUUCAUCACUGGCUUUCUGAGUGGGCCCCAGCUUUGUUUUGGAAAGACAUCUCUGCAUGGCAGACCUCAAAUGGGACCUGUCCAUUUGUUACCAGAUGCGAGGAUACUCCUAGGCUUUUGUACAAAGCUGUUUCCUGUGGCUAAGUCUUGGUGACUCAGCAGACAGGAGCAUCUGGUCCAACAGGCCAUCAUACUAUAGUAGACGAGGUUGGCCCAAGGGAGGUGUCAUUUGUGGUGGGCACAUCAGCCAGCCUGGUUUUCUCAGCCUCUACCCCAUGUCCUGGGGUGAUGUUGCUCCCAUGUAAAGCCAUCACUUUCAUACUGGAAUCUCCGGUGGGAAAUCAAGAAAUAAAGGAAAAAGAAAAAGAAAUAAA